GAGAGAAAGUGAGGAGGGCGGAACGGGCUCUCGAAACAUCCGCGUCAUCCGGGGCUCCGGCGACUCCGCGGCCGCGAUCUCCUCCCCCUUCCCCGGCUCUUCCCGGCGACGGCCACCGCGGUCGCCUCCCCUUCAACCCGCCUCCUUCCUGUUCAUUUGGUAUCCUUGUAUAGUUCACAGUGGUUUCUGGCCUUUUGACAAAAUGGUGAAGCUGACAAUGAUAGCACGUGUGACUGAUGGCCUUCCACUGGCAGAAGGGUUGGACGAUGGGCGGGAUCAGAAGGACGCUGACUUCUAUAAGCAGCAAGCUAAACUUCUUUUCAAAAACUUAUCAAAGGGGCAACACGAAGCCUCACGGAUGUCAAUUGAGACUGGGCCAUACUAUUUUCAUUACAUUAUUGAGGGGCGAGUAUGUUAUCUGACAAUGUGUGACCGUUCUUAUCCAAAGAAGCUCGCAUUCCAGUACCUAGAAGAUCUGAAAAAUGAAUUUGAAAGAGUAAAUGGCAGUCAAAUCGAAACAGCUGCAAGGCCAUAUGCCUUCAUUAAAUUUGACACAUUCAUUCAGAAGACUAAGAAACUCUAUUUGGAUACUAGAACCCAGAGGAAUCUUGCAAAAUUAAAUGAUGAGCUCUAUGAGGUGCAUCAAAUUAUGACUCGCAAUGUUCAAGAAGUUCUUGGUGUUGGUGAAAAAUUGGACCAGGUCACUGAAAUGUCAACUAGGUUGACCUCUGACACAAGAAUCUAUGCAGAUAAGGCUAAGGAUCUCAAUCGCCAGGCCUUGAUUCGUAAGUAUGCCCCUGUUGCCAUCGUGAUCGGUGUAGUUUUGAUGCUCUUCUGGUUGAAGAACAAGAUAUGGUAACUGCACUAAACGAAGGAAGCUGGGCCUGCGUUACAACACUACUGGAGAAAGAAAAAACCGAAAAUUUGGUCGAUUCUGGAUCAAGAGAUGCUUUGGUGACUUGUAUCCCGUAUCUGCCCAUUCAAGCGAGUACUUCAGCUGCCUUUCACCCCCUCCUCCCUACAAAGCUAUUCAGGUCAAUUCGUUGUAGCAUAGACCUUAUAACGGACUUGAUUUUGUGAAUCCUUGGAACCGUACAUAUAAGAGCUCUGUAGAGUUGACUUUUCGGUAUCGGGACGGGAUUGUAUUUUUUGCAAAACUCAUGUAAGAAUUCAGGCUGGAUAUCUAUACUCCA